AGACGUGAAGGCGGUGAAGACAUGGAGACGGUAACAGCUCAGCAUUUGUUUUCGUCAAAUGUGUCUUACGUUUCUUUGAUAUAAAAAAAUUCUCCCUUUUUGGAGAAACUCGAAAUUCCACAAGUCGACCGUUCCUCGAGAUUUUUCAAAUUUUCGUAGCUCUCUGAUAUAUUUGAAAAUCCCACUAAAUUUAUUCCCACUCCUCUACUGCCCUAGAGCUUCAACAUGUGUGACCACUGCUCAAAAGUCACCAACCAGAAAGGAUAUUCCGGAGAGGUCACGUGCAGAUGCGAACAUGGAGAAAAGAAGGAGGAUGAUAGGGAAAAGAUGAAGGACAAGGAAAAGGACUUACCUGGUUGCUGUAGCAAAAAAGCCAAGGAAGCUGCAGGAGGAUGUUGUCUCUCGGGAUGCUGCAAAGAUCCGAAAGACGUCAAGGAGAAGAAGAAGGACGUACCAGGAUCUAUGGGCUGUGCCAAAGACGUAAAGAAGGACCAAGGCGGUGGAUGCUGUGGAAAAAAAUAAAAAGGACUGUAGUUAUCUUGUUAUCGUUGAUUACACAAGAGAGGUCCUUCCGGAUGCUGUUAAUAAAAUAUCUGCAGAUGCACGUCUGACUUUAAUAAAACCCAUACAGACUUCCACGCUGAAUCUUACUUAUUUUGAUACUGUACAAAACUAUGGUGUUCAAGUAUAGAGAGUUGGAUGUGAAAAUGUAUUCAAAAAAAGA